CGCGAGCGUUGGAGCUGUUCCUGGAAUCGCUGUUGAAGACGGCUUGCCACGUCACCCAAUCCAGGAACGCCAAAACGAUGACAACGUCCCACCUGAAACAAUGCAUAGAACAGGAGCAGCAGUUUGAUUUCCUGAAGGACCUUGUGGCUUCGGUACCCGACAUGCAAGGCGAUGCCGAGGACAACCACACGGAAGGAGGAGAGAAAGUUUCCCGUCGGGGCCGAAAACCUGGCAGCGGGCGAAGGAACGGUGGCACGGCGGGAAAAGGAAAAGAUCCGAAACAAUCUGGCACAGACUCUGAACAGGACGAUGAUUCAGAAGACAGUGAAAGCAACGGAGAAGAGGAAGCUAUGCAGACUAUUCCCUCUACACAACCAGCUGCUACGCAUCUCUCUCCAGCCCCUGCACCCUACCUCCAUUUUACAGCCCCUCCCAUCUCCGCUGUCCCCUUACCUGUACCAGCUCCAACAGGAACAGUCCCGGUUGCACUUCCACCCGUGUCCCACGCGCCAGUCCAGGCAGGAGAAGAGGAAGAUUAUGACACUUAACAUACACACACAACGCACCCUGGUUCCGUUUUCACUGCUGCCAUUCGGGAGGGGAGGGGCGGGAGGGUGGGGGAGAAUCAUAGGGGGUUUGAAAGGGGCUGUUCUUAAAUUUAUUAAAAAAGA